AUGCGCCCAUUCUCGCCACCGGGCCUGCGCGCUCUACGCUCUCUUACCUCCCAAAAGUCAUCAUUCGCAUCGAGCCGGACACCUCUUUCUCGCUUCUACUCAACCCAGCUGGUACAUCCCCGACGUGCUACGCCAUCAUACUUGAUCGCUGAGCCGAAGCGGACCCUCCCAUCCUUAUGCCGGUUCAACUCUACCGCAUCAACACCUUUGACACAACCCGCAACUGCCGCCGAGACCGACGCAGAGCGUGAGAAGCGGAAUGAGGAGCGCCGAAAGAACGAAGAGGCCUAUCAAAUCACAUUCACCUGCAAGCCAUGUGGCACAGGAUCCACGCACCGCAUGUCCAAGCAAGGCUACCACCGCGGCACCGUCCUCAUUCAAUGUCCUUCGUGCAAGAACCGACACCUCAUGAGCGAUCACUUAGGGAUUUUCUUCGACAAGGGCACAACUCUGGAAGAUCUAUUGAAGGAGAAGGGUCAGACAUUGCAGCACGGCCGCACCGACGGCAACCUCGAGUUCUGGGAUGAUGGCACCGUCAAAAGCUUCAAUGCGCAGGGCGAGUCGGGUUCUUCUUAA